AUGUUAUUUUUUUUUGCCAAAUCAGAUCCUUAUUUAAAUUGUCCCAACUGUGUCGAUGAAUCUCAGAUAAAUCCUAACCGAUGGACAAUGCCUUUACUGAAGCUAGGCGAGAAAAGAUAUUACUUAGGAAUCUUCUUCAAGGUAAACAUGUUCUGCUAUCAAAAUCUAAUGGUUACAUCAUAA